AUGACCGUUGAAACAAACCUAAAGCCAGUCUUCGCAAAGAUCAAUGACCUCAAGCCCAACUUCGUCAAAAGAUUGGGCCACGCGGUCUCGAUUCCAUCUGUUUCUGGAGACGAGUCACUCCGGCCAAAAGUUGUCAAGAUGGGAGAGUUUCUAGAGUCUGAGUUGAAAAACCUCGGUGCAGACGAUGUGGAGUUGAAGUUUAUGGGCGAGCAACCAGAGCCAGUCACGAACAAAGGCUUGGAGUUGCCUCCAGUGGUGGUUGCGCACUUUGGACACGAUGCAAGCAAGAAAACAGUGCUUGUUUACGGCCAUUAUGAUGUGCAACCAGCCUUCAAAGAGGACGGAUGGGACACCGAACCCUUCACACUGGUGCAGAAGGGCGACCGGUUGAUCGGCCGGGGCUCCACGGACGACAAGGGCCCUGUGAUUGGCUGGUUAAACGUGCUUGAGGCACACAAAGAGGCUGGAAUCGCCCUUCCGGUCAACAUAGUGACGUGCUUUGAAGGAAUGGAGGAGUCCGGGUCGAUUGGCUUGGACAAGUUGAUCCACGAGGAGGCCGACAAGGCAUUCAAGGGCGUCGAUGUGGUCUGCAUAUGCGAUAAUUACUGGUUGGGAACCCGGAAGCCAGUUCUCACCUACGGACUUCGUGGUGUUAACUACUACCAAAUGACCAUUGAGGGACCUUCGGCCGACCUCCACUCUGGAAUUUUCGGUGGUAUCGUGCACGAGCCCAUGACAGAUCUCGUUAAAUUGAUGUCACAACUUGUGGAUGGUGACGGAAAGAUCCUCAUUCCAGGAAUUGACGAAAUGGUGGCUCCAGUCACGCAAAAGGAGUCCCAAUUGUAUGAUGACAUCGACUACGACACUGCGGAAUUGGCCAAGUCGACCGGUGCCGCCGAUAUCUCCAUCUACAGUGACAAGAAAGACAUCUUAAUGCAUCGCUGGAGGUACCCUUCGCUCUCAUUGCACGGUAUAGAGGGUGCAUUUUCCGGAGUUGGCGAGAAGACUGUUAUCCCAGCCAAGGUUUCAGGCAAGUUCUCGAUCCGGACGGUUCCAAACAUCGCUUCUUCGAAGCUUACAGAGCUUGUUUCCGCCUAUUGCACCGAGAAAUUCGCCCAAUUGCACUCUCCAAACAAGUUCUCCGUCCAAUUAAUGCACGAUGGUGAUUACUGGUUGAGCGAUCCAUUCAACAAAGCAUUUUCGGCUGCAAAGAAGGCCACAAACUUGGUCUGGGGUGUCGAUCCCGACUAUAUCCGUGACGGUGGCUCCAUUCCUAUAACUUUGACUUUCGAAAAGGAGUUGAACACAAAUGCUGUUUUGCUUCCUAUGGGAAGAGGCGAUGAUGGUGCCCAUUCCAUCAACGAAAAGCUCAACAUGGACAACUACAUAGGUGGUGUCAAGACCAUGACUGCGUACUUGCACUAUUUGGGUGGCCAGUGA